AUGUGGCUUCGAGAUGCUAUCACAUACGGUACCGUCCAAGGUCUUUAUGGGCCCAAGAACCCUGUCGCACUUGACGAGUCCUUGAUUGAGGACAUCUGGGUUUUUGAUGACAAUCAAUUGCGGUUGAGCUGGAAUUUCCUUCAGUGGCUAGUUGCUCCCGCAGGAUUGAAAGCCAUGAAGCGUCUUUCAGCUGCUUUUGUCGAUUAUUUCAAUUCUGGAAAUUACAAGCUGGCUAGCCCCGCAGUUCUCUCCACAGUUGAGAUGAUCCAGAAACUUGGCAUCGGUAUUGAGGAUUAUUCUCGAUUGGAGAUCUUCAACAUCUCAGUCGCCACUGUGAAUACGGUGCCAACUGCUGUAUCUAUGAUGUUUGGUAUUCUCGCUCAACCCCAGCUUCUCAAGGAUUUGCGAGAGGAGAUCAAAGCGAUUGCAACCACUCUUGAGGAUGGUGAAUCUGGCCGUAAGCGGAUACAGCUUGAUAUUUCACACGCCCAAGAGAAAACUCCACUGCUGUUUGCAUGCUACCAGGAGGCGCUGCGAAUUGGUAGCACUCCGACUUGCAAUCGCGCCGUGCUUGAGGACACCCUUUUCACAGAUCCUACAACGGGAGUGGACGUUUUCAUGCGCAAGGAUCAGCGAGUCUCCAUACCCACAUUCUUGUUGCACAAUCGUGAGACCAUUUGGGGAGACGAUGCCAUGGCGUUCAACCCUUGGCGGUUCAUGCCAGGCGGCGCUGGUGCCGACAGCAAAGGCCAAGCACGCAACCAAGGCUUUGUACCCUAUGGCGGCGGCGUUCAUCUAUGCCCCGGUCGCCAUUUAGCGAAGAUGGAGAUUCUAGCUGUGGGCGCAUUGAUGACUAUGGCUUUGGACUUUGAAGCUGCCAAUGGUGGUCACAUCAAGCUUCCUGUAGACGCAGCGCCAAGCGCGACGAAGAAGCUGGCAAAUACCCAGGGUGUACGGAUCCGUAGACGAGCUGGAUAUGAGAAUGUCGAAUGGAGCGUCAAGGUAUGA